AUGCAGCGAACCAAGGCCUACGCUACCAUAUUCGCUUCAUCUUCUUCUUCACCCAAGGCCACCCCCUCCGCGACGCACGCGGCAAAGGCUGAGCCGAAGAGCAAGUUCAUGAGCAAUGACGACAAGUCACUGGAGGAGCUGCAGGCCGAGUUGGAUAAGAUCAAUCAGGAGAUUGAGGCCUUCAACGCGCAAGAGGGCAAGACGGCAGACGAUGAGUAUGAGUACAAGAACCCCAAGACGGGCGAGAUCGGCGGCCCGCGAGGACCCGAGCCCACACGCUACGGCGAUUACGCCUACGCCGGUAGGGUCACCGAUUUCUAA